GUCCAAGUCUCCCCUACAAAACGAAAUGGUCCCAUCAAAACAAUGCCCCAUUUUCUCAUUGCAGCAUUUAAUCAUGCCACACUCUUUGCCUAAACAAAUGCCAAAUUUUCCACAUCCAUAGAACACUACCUUCCCUUCUCUUCCACCAAUGCCUCCUCCUAAACUCGAUGUCGCUGAACAUGCUGAGUUAAUCAAACAUCAUAAGCAUGUUGUUCAACUAGCGUUGGUUGUGACGACAUGCAUAGUCGGCGUGUUCAUGUUUCUCUUCAUCGUCUCCACUCUCAUAAGGUACUUUUACUCCAGGAGAUAUAAUCGCACCCCAAAUGGAAGAAGAGACACACCCAUAUUGUUCGAUUUGAACGGAGAUGCUCCCACUUCGAACAACGAUGAUGACGUGGCGGACCAAGACGACUUGCCGCCUGUCCACCACGUCUGGUACAUCCGCACCGUCGGUCUCCAACAGUCGCUCAUAGACUCCAUCACCGUCUUCAAAUACAGAAAAAAUGAAGGAAUCAUAGACAGCUCCGAAUGUUCCGUGUGCCUCGGAGAGUUCCAAGACGACGAAACUCUCAGGUUGUUGCCCAAGUGCAGCCACGCCUUCCACGUGCCUUGCAUUGACACCUGGCUCCGGUCCCACAAAAACUGCCCCCUCUGUCGCGCGCCGGUGGUCCGCGAUGAAACUGGAGCAGUUGAUCAGAAUGUUCAGAUCGAUUCAAGCGUGUCUCUGUCUGAUCAUCAGAAUCAGAAUUAUGAUGUUCGGGUGGAGGAUUCUGAUGAUGGGGCUGGAUUAGAAGACGGUGGUGGUUCUGGUGAGUCCUCCGGCGAAAGAGAAACGCAGCCUCUGAGGAGAUCGGUUUCGAUGGAUGUUUCUUCUGCUUCAAAUUCAAUGGAUAUAGACACCCCUUAUGGGGAAAAAGUGAGUUCCAGUAAGAUUCAUACGAGUAAUAUUGUAGAGAAACAUGGAAGUGGGAGUUCGAGUUCGAGUUCGAGUUCAAGUUCAACUACCAUUAACAAGUUGGCUUCAUUUGGACGUGCGUUGCAAAAGGGACCAGUCUCCAUGGGAAGAUCGUUCUCACAUAACAGGAAAUUUUUGUUCUCCACACACUAUAGGAGUCAGAGUUCUACUCUUCCAUUGUAAUGAGUUUAACACUGCAUCCAUCUGCAUUGUAAGGUGAAGUUUGAAAGAUCAAGGGAUUUUGUGGUGUGUAAUGAACGUUGAUGGAGGAAGAUGAACGUUAUUCCUCCAUACAUGUCUGUCUGUGUUCCUUUACAGACAAAACUAUGCUUCAGAUUUACCCUUAUGAAUGUGCUAAACGUAUACGGCUGCUAUGGAAGUAUAGUGAUACAAAACAUUAUACGAAAAAGUUUCAGAGUUUUGACCA